AACUAAAUUAUAUUUCUUUGUAAUAAGAUUCAAAAAUUAAAAAACAAUUCUAAAAACUUUUUCUAAAAUUAUAAAAAAAUUAAAAAAUCUCAACACAAAAUUCUUAAAAAUCUCCCGACUUAUAAAGCAACAUGUUUUUAUCCUUAUUUACGCGGCGUUUAGCAGCCGGCUUAAAUUCGACAUUUACGCAAGCUGGCCUACGUUUAUAUUCAGGAACCGGCAGGCCCUGUUCUGGAACUAGACCCUGCACCAUGGAAUAUCCUAAGAAAAAGUGUGAAGAACCUGAAUGUCAACCUAGAGAACCGUGUUGUCCUUUACCGUUUGGCAAAUGCCCAGCAGUUAAAGAAAUUUUAUGCAAAGAAAAACCAGAGUGUUGUGGCAGUAAAAGACUGACUCAAGAUCCCUGUAAUUGUAAAGGAGCCAGAGAACAAUUUAAUAAAAAAGAAGUGAAACUAGAAAGACGUGUACAGCCACAAACAGCAGUUUGGGAGUAUCCUGCUGAAUGCUGCGGCAAUCCCUGCCCGGAUUUAUUACCCAGAUUCGAUAGCCUUUACUAUAGGCCUACGGAUAAAGCUAAAAGGCAGUAUCAGCAGACCUGGGUCGAAUGCCCCCCAGUGCAAAUACGUAAACGCAGAAUUUGCUGUUAUGACUCCACAGAAUUACCGCCCAUAUGUCGCCGCAAAAAGGCGGAAUGUCCUAUAACCGCCUGUGAAUUUGAUUCACGCAAAAUGAAAGCUUUAUGCAGCAGCGGUACAAAUACUAAGUGUGCUCGCAUUCAAAUGCCCUGCUGUAUACGUGGUCGUUAUCCUCCCACCUGCAGUAUUGCUGCCAGAACUAGUACAAAUUGUAAAAAGAAAUGUUGUCCUUAUCCCUCCUUUUCGGAAUGUUGUUAUCGCUGUCCACCUCCUAGAAGAAAGACAGAAUGUCAAUGUACCGCCUUGCAGCCCAACUGUGUGGUCUUUAGACAUUUAAAGCGUAAAAUGAUUUAUGAUUUACCACCACCUUUACCGGCCUGGCCACCGAAAAUGCAGGGACCGCGUUAGGUUUAUGGGUCAGAAAGCUAUCUGUCUUAUUUUGGCUUUCUAAAUAGCCGAAACUUUUUUCGAUUUUUGUGUAUAACAGAUUUAAGUUUAUUGCGGGAGAUCUCGCAAAAUCUUAAACCUUUCUUACACAAAGUUCUAGGAAGGUUUUCAUAAGGAUAAUAAUAGAUGUCUUAGAAGUAUGGAGCUUUUUAAAGUGAUAAACAAAAUUGUGAAAAGUGGAAAAUAUUUUAAU